UGAGCUAAAGGGGCGUGGCUAACCAAUUCAAGGUCAACUGUAUAUGAAAAACUAGGGGAAAGAGCGCAUAUAGUGCACCGACAGUGAAAUAAAAACCUAUACAGGUUUCCGUUUCGCAUUAAAACCGUCAAGUGCGUACAGACUAACAGAUUACUGUGAAAACCAUCACGUUAACGUAGUUUAACUCUCGCAGACUGACGGCAUGUAUUACAAAUACAACGGGUUCACCCAGAGGCUGUCCGGGUGCUCCUCACGCGCAGCCUACUGCCCCCAGGGUCUAAUGCCUAACCUUCCAGCAGAGUCAUCUCAGUUAAUCUUUGCCUCUCCAACCAAACUUUCUUUGGACCAUGGGUCAUCUGAACUAUCAAGCUACAGUGGGGGCAACAAAGUUCCAAUGUUACAAAAGUUUUUUCAGAGACCAGAUGGAGUACCCGUUCACCUAAAAGGAGGCUACCCAGAUCGAUUGCUGUACCGAAUUACAAUGGCUCUGACUAUUGGAGGAGCAAUUUACUCACUGAUUUCACUAUAUAUUGCAGCUAUGCCUAAGAAAAAAUAAAAUGGUUGCACAUUUAUUUGUCCUGUCAAAUUGAACAUUCUGGAGCAAUGGCUGUAAACUGCAAAAUACUAACAACCUUAACUUGUUCUUUUUCUUUUCAUUCACUCUAACAAUGUUUGCUUCACUUAAGUGCCAUGAAUAAAAGGUGAAUGCGUACUGCUGAAGGAUAGAAUCAUAUUUUUAUGUUGAUUGUACUUAAUAGUAAGCUAUUUUUCAUGUUAUUUUUUUAAAAUUAUUUAGACUUUAACCAUUUCUGUUGAAACAGUUGGGGCAUUUGCAGGGUAUCUAUGAAAUGCUGUAUCUGUGAACAUGAUACAUUUUAUUGUGCGGCAUUACCUUAUGUUGUAAAAUGCAAUUUUACAUCAUUAAUAUACUGAAAUAACAUGUAUUUAAAAUGCAUUUACUUACAACAUCUGAUUUUAUAAAUAGACAAUAAUAUUUUGAGUUUUGUGACUAAGAUGGAAAACCUGCAGGCAAAAAUAUCUAAUCCAAUUCAUGUCCAUGCUUGUAUGCACAAUUGUACAUUUACUCUUUAGUGAACCAUAUAAUAAUAACAUGGAAAGCGCAGUAAAAUGGCCUUGAGCAUUUAUUGUGCUUAACCUUUAAAUCAGGAGCUUUAUUAAGAUUAUGCAAUUUUUCCAUUGAUGAUUGUCUGUCAUUGUCUUUAACAACCAGCCCAAGCACUGUAAACUUUUGUACUACCAGGGUAAUGUAUAUUUUGUAUAACAGAAGUAGAGAGUUUGAGAGGAAACAUUUCCUUACUUAAGCUUGCAUUUCUAAAUCAGUUCAACUCCUGUUGUAUAAUAUUUAAAUUAACAUUUAGGAUUAUACAUCUUUUAAUUAUUUCACUUUGAAACAGUAUAGAGUGGAAUGAACUGUUCUUGUUUCUUAUAUUGUUUAUUCAAAAAGUAUUGUAGUGGAAGUACAGUGCACUAAGUCUUCCGAGAGGUGAAUUUAAAACAGUGAUCCCAGUCUUUCUGACCUCACGUUUAUGGUGACAUUUUUGGAUGUCACAUGGACUGCAUUUUGUAGGUAAAUUUGGCAAGCUAGCUAGUUUGAGAAGCAGUGUUAUUUGGUAUGCACCUAAUUAAGUAAAUUUAAGAAGCUGAAAAAAAAAUCAGGUUUAAAAUAAUAUUAACAGAUUUACUUUUUAUUUUUCAGUACUGUAAGCCAUCUAUCCUGAAAUAAACAUUCAUAGUCUAUUAAUAUCAGGAAGCUAAGGAAUGUAAAUGCACUUUUAAUACUAUUUACACUGUUUCAGUUAAUAGUGUGCUGUUGGUGUAAUGACUGAGAAAACCUUAAGUGCAGGUUGAGUUUAUUAUAUGUAUGGCUUUCUGUUUAUGUAGAGUAAUGUAGCAAGGUUUUCUGUAAAACUUCUUUCAACCCUUCGUUAUAGCCAGGCUGUAUAAAACAGUAAACAUUGAUAUUGGAUCACACUUUAAUCAUGGUGAACGUGACAGGAUUUAAAAUUGGCUCACACUUUAAUCAUAGUGGCUAUGAUGGGAUUUAAAAGUAUACCAUCUUCUCAAGUCUAUCAUUUCCUGUGCAGGCUGACCUUUACCAUCAUGCCGGUGUAAAGACCGUACAUAGCAUGUGCUUCAAAAGUUAUAUACAUCAUUUAUAUUAUGUCCAUUAUUUACAGAUAAAUUAGAAUUUUGUAUUCGUUUGCAUUUUUUCUUUUAUGUAUUUGACUUUGAAGUUGGAAAAUAAAUGCUUAUAAUUUGCA